ACCAUAGAGUACCGGCCUCUUCCGCCCGCCGGCCCUCACGCCCGGUUCUGCUGCCGCCCCCCCGGGACCCCCGGCCCCGCCAUGGAGCCCCUCCUGAGGAGCUGGCGGCUCCCGGCGCUGCGCGGCCGGCGCCACGGCAGCAGGCCGGGGCAGGGCGCGGCGGGCGGGGCGAGGCGGCGGCUGCUGCUGCUGUCGCAGCUUUUCCAGCCCCUCAACCUGAAGGCGAGCGGCGAGGCGGCGGGGGACGGCAGGGCCGGAGAGCCCACCUGCCGGAGCCAGAAACUGAUGCUGCAAGGGGGGCUCAUCCACCCCGCCAGCCCCGGCUGCUACCACUACCUGCCGCCCGCCGUCCGCGCCAUGGAGAAGCUCGUCAGGGUGGUGGACGAGGAGAUGGAGGCCGUGGCGGGGCAGAAGCUGAACAUGCCCAGCCUGAGCUCGGCCGAGCUGUGGCGUGCCAGCGGCCGCUGGGACCACAUGGGGCCGGAGCUUUUUCGGCUGGUGGAUCGGCACAGCAAGGGCUACUGCCUGGGCCCCACGCACGAAGAGGCGGUGACAGAGCUGGUGGCCGCGCAGAGCAACCUGUCCUACAAGCAGCUCCCGCUGCGCCUCUACCAAGUAACCAGGAAGUUUCGGGAUGAGCCCAAGCCCCGCUUCGGCUUGCUGCGCAGCCGGGAGUUCUACAUGAAGGACAUGUACACCUUCGACGCCUCCGAAGAGGCGGCGCGGCAGAGCUAUGACCUGGUGUGCGGUGCCUACCGCAGCCUCUUCGACCGCCUGGGUCUGCCCGUCGUCAGAGUGCGGGCGGCCACGGGCAGCAUCGGCGGCACCGAGUCCCACGAGUUCCAGCUGCCGGCUGACAUCGGCGAGGACAGGCUGGCGCUGUGCCCUGCUGGACAUUUUGCAGCCAACGUGGAAAUGUUAAACGGGGAGCAAACGUCAUGCCCCACGUGCAGGGAAAAACUCAUCCAGACCAGAGGGAUCGAAGUGGGGCACACGUUUUAUCUGGGCACCAAGUACUCCUCGGUCUCCAACGCUGUCUUUUACUCCCCCGAGAACAAACCCCAGCUGCUGGAAAUGGGUUGCUACGGCCUGGGGAUCACUCGCAUCCUGGCGGCCUCCAUCGAGGUGCUCUCUACGGAGGACAGCAUCCGCUGGCCGAGCCUCAUCGCACCCUACCAGCUCUGCUUCGUUCCCCCCAAGAGAGGCAGCAAGGAGGAGGAGGAGGAGGGAGCCGUGCUGCUGGAGCGGCUGUACGACCACCUUGCCGAGGCACUGCCCCACCUCGCUGGCGACUCGGUGCUGGAUGACAGGACACAGCUGACCAUCGGCAAAAGGCUAAAGGACGCCAACAAGCUGGGUUAUCCCUACGUGGUCGUGGCCGGGAAGAGGGUUUGUGAGGACCCCCCGGUCUUUGAGGUUUGGGACCAGAAUGCCGGCGACGUUUUUUUCCUCACCAAGGAAGGUGUCACUGAGUUGCUAAGUAAAGUGCAAAUCCCUUAAA